UUCUUCCUCCCUAUUUCAACGCUUGUCGCCCUCUUUCCUUUCGAUUUUCGGCCUGAUUUCAAGCUUCUUGAACUCAAAACUAAAGAAACCAUCAUGGACCGCUUUUGGACAUUUCUCACUUAUAUCCAUUCUUUCUCCGGGCCUGCAAUCAUGUUGCUCUAUCCCUUGUAUGCAUCAGUUCAAGCGAUUGAGACUGAAGACAAGCUUGAUGAUGAACAGUGGUUAGCAUAUUGGAUUUUGUACUCUUUCCUGACACUCAUGGAUAUGGUUUUGGAGCCAAUCUUGAGAUGGGUACCAAUUUGGUAUGAGAUGAAGGUAUUGUUAGUGGCUUGGUUGGUAUUACCACAAUUUAGGGGAGCAGCUUUCAUUUAUGACAAGUUUGUGAGGAAACAAUUAAGAAAAUAUGGGGUUUUAAGCGAAUCUUCUUCUAGUUCUUCAUCAUCAUCACCACUAUCCAAGAGCAAGAGCAAGAGCAAGAACAAAUAUUUAGGCCUUGUUACUUCAAAAAAGGGGGAGCAGGAGGAGUAAUGAGAGCUUGGAGAUCAGUUAGUUUCGAAUGUGGAAGGGAAUGGUAAACUUGCACUUUGGGUAGCUCAAUUUGUGGAUAGGCUGUGGUUAAUGAUUUGGCAGCAUGGGAGAGGUCCAGGAACGGCGAGUUUGCCAAAGCAAAAUGGUUUGCUAAAGUGCGGACAGGUCAAUUUUGUGAGACGUGGGAAGUUUCUUGGAUGGUGCGGCUCAAAACAAUAUUGGGUGGCAAUAUAAUAGUAUAAUACUGAGGCUAAUUAGCUCCUACAUCCCUAGGUUGCCCUACUUCGCAAGUUAUAAAUUGCCACUUGUCGUUAGUGCUUAACGUUUGUUUCGUUCGCCAUAAAAUCUACAUAAUAAUUUAUAGAGUGUUGCUACA